AUGAAGGAGCACAUCGCAAGUAUCAAGAACUCAUUGAUGGAAGAUUUCAGCAUUAAAGAUCUUAGAGAUCUCAAGUACUGGUUCGGGAUCGAGAUUCAUCGCAAGCGCGAAGAUGGAACGAUCAAGAUGAACCAGAAGGCGUACAUCAAGCGACUUUUGGAGAAGUUCUGCGUUGAGAACUGCAAGGACGUGCACACGCCGGCGGACAGUAACUCGAAGCUGAUCAAGAUGGGUCAAGAGGAAGCGUUUGUACCAAAGUACACAUACCGUGAGCUGGUGGGCGCUUUAAUGUACAUCGCCACAUGUACACGACCGGAAAUUGCGCAUGCGGUUGGCGAAGUUGCAACGUUUUGCGAGCGCUACGACAAGUCGCUUUGGACAGCAGCAAAGCGGAUUCUCAAGUAUCUCAAGAUGACUCAAGUUUAA